AUGUCUCCAUCCCCCUCCACCCUCCUUUGUCUUGGGCUGUGUCUGGGGCAGGUUCCAGCGCAGAGUGGGACCCUCCCCAAGCCCUCCCUGCAGGCUGUGCCCAGCUCCCUGGUGCCCCUGAAGAAGCCAGUGACCAUCCGGUGCCAGGGGCCUCCAGGCGUGGACCUGUACCGCCUGGAGAACCUGAGGUCCGGCAAGUACGAGGACCAGGCCUUCCUCUCCAUCCCGGCCAUGAGGAGAGAGUACGCUGGCCGCUACCGCUGCUCCUACCAGAUCGGGAGCCUCUGGUCUGCCAGCGACGAGCUGGACGUGAUAGCCACUGGAGUUUAUGCCAAGCCCUUGCUCUCAGCCCAGCCUGGCCCAGCAGUGUCCCCAGGAGGGGAUGUGACCCUACAGUGUCAGACUCCAUAUAGCUUUGACCAGUUUGCUCUGUACAAGGAGGGGGACCCGGGGCCCUACAAGAAACCUGACAGAUGGUACCGGGCCAGUUUUCCCCUCAUCACUGUGACUGCUGCCCACAGUGGAACCUACCGAUGCUACAGUUUUACCAGCUCAGAUCCGUACUCGUGGUCAGCCCCCAGCGACCCCCUGAAGCUCGUGGUCACAGGACCCUCAGUGACCCCUAGUCAGUUACCAACAGAACCACCUUCCUUCAUACCAGGCUUCCCAAAGACUUCUAGGAUUAUCACCACCUCCAGUCCAGAGGAACCCAGCUCCCCAACCAUGCCUACCCGGCUGCAGUAUGCCAAGGGCAACCUGACCCGGAUAUGCCUUGGUGCUGUGAUCCUAAUGCUCCUGGUGGGGCUCCUGGCAGAGGAUUGGCACAGCCGGAGGAGACCCCUGCUGCACAGGGUCCGCGCUGUGCAGAGACCACUGCCGCUCCUCCCCCAGACCCAGAAAUCACACAGCUGUCAGGACAAGGGUCCACCUGCUGCUCAUCACCAGGGGUCAUGUUCAUAA